UUUGCCUUACCGCCUCGCUGAUGUUGGAAGAGAGAGAGAGAGAGAGAGAGAAAUUGAUUCCUGCUGGUGGUGCGCUCGAGUUCCCAAGUUCCUGCAUGAACGCGCUGAACGCUGAACGCGAGCUCUGCGGUAGAGAAAACGAAGAGUAGAGCGACAUAAAGUGCGGGAUUAAUAUCAGAAAAUGUGAGAAACCACAAGUGUGUGUGGUCCGAUCUUGAGAUGCGCGAUAUGUCCUUCAACAUUACUACUUGCUUCCUGUUUGCAGCCCUAAACUGCUCUUCUGUGCAGACCUUACAUUAGAAGCGCUUGGUGCUUGAAUACGGCGUUUCUUCAAAAUUGAUCUGACUCUCAGUGUCGUUGCUGUUCGGCCUCUCGCUCAGAGUGACAUGAGUGUGAGAAAUCCGCACCGUUACGGACUCGUGUGUUGGGGUCUGUCUGUGCUCCUCAUCCAGUCCAUCAGCUCACAUCCCGCUGCACCACCAAGAACGAAGCAUGGAAGAAUGUCAAAUCAGAGAGAAAAGAGAGCCACAAGAGAACCCUACUGGGCAUACUCGGGGAUCCAUGGGCCAGGGAGAUGGGCAUUAAUGUACCCUGAGUGUGGGGAGAGAAUCCAGUCACCUGUCAACAUCCUAGAUGAAGACACAAAGGUUUCUCAGGAGUGCCAGGAGCUCACACUGCAAGGCUUUGGAGUCAAGUCAUCUAACAAAACCACCAUGAAGAACACAGGCAAGACAGUCUCCAUUAUUUUGAAGAACGACUACUUUGUAAGAGGAGCAGAUCUACCUGGGCGGUUCAAGGCAGCGAAAGUGGAGUUUCACUGGGGCCACAGCAAUGGAUCAGCCGGCUCAGAGCACAGCAUUAAUGGAAAGCGGUUUCCAGUUGAGAUGCAGAUUUUCUUCUAUAAUUCAGAUGACUUUGACAGUCUCAACACUGCAAUAAAGGAGAGGAGAAACAUCGCUGCUAUGGCUGUUUUCUUCCAGGUAGGAAAGAAGAACAAUGUGGCAGCGGAGCCCAUCAUCGCUGGUCUCAAACGGGUCGUUCAUCAUGAAAAGGAGACGAAUCUUGCACCUUUCAUCCUAAGGGACCUGCUACCAUCCUCUUUGGGAAGUUACUAUCGUUACACUGGCUCCUUGACUACUCCUCCAUGCAGUAAAGACGUGGAGUGGAUCAUCCUCAGUCGACCUGUUUACCUCUCCUACCAUCAGUUGGACGCAUUCUACUCUAUCUUUACCACUGAGCAGCAGGAUCAUGUGAAGUCAGUAGAGUACCUCAGGAACAACUAUCGGCCUACUCAAGAUCUGCACAACCGACAUGUCUCAAAAUCAGCAGUGAAGGAUGCCUGGCUUCCAGACUCUAUGACUGAUGGGCAUGCCAGUUCCACAGACACAGAGCCCUCAAGAGUCUGCAGCAGCGUUCCUGACAACAUGAAGGGCCUUCCUCUGAACCGAACAGCAAUGCUACUGACCUGGGAUCGCCCUUCGAUUAUCUACCAUCCACCCCUUGUGGGCUUCUUUGUCACCUACAGCUGGGUUAAGGAUGACAUAACCAUUGAGAAGAUGUUUACCCAGAGCAGCGAGCACCACACUCAGGCAGUGAUCACACACAUGUCCCCAGAUGCUCUGUAUCUCUUUCGGGUACAGGCCUUGUGCCAGAGAGACCAGCGCAGUGACUUUAGCCAAACACUUUUAUUCAGAGCAAAUACCACAAGGAUAUUUGAAGGGACGAGAAUUAUAAAAACUGGAAUGCCCACUGUGUCUUCCUCUUCAGACAUGGCACCCAUUAGCUCUGGCUCCUCUACGUGGUCAUCUUCUGGUCUCCCUUUUUCUUUUGUGUCCAUUGCAACAGGCAUGGGGCCUCCAUCCAGUGGGGGGCAGACCACAAUGGCAUCUCUGGUCACCAGCACACUGCUAGCUGGUCUUGGCUUCAGUGGUGGUGUGAUUUCCUCUCUUCCUGGAUCCCUCUGGCCCACCCAUUCUCCCAGCUCAGGCCCUGCACCAACUCGACAACCAGCCUGUCUUACAUCUGAGACCACCCAAAAUGGGAACAAGCCCAUCCCCUCAGAAGAGGGAGAAAUAACUAAAGAGCUGGAAAAGGAAGAGCACAAACAAGAGGAAGAUGAGGAGGAUGAUAAUGAGGAAGAUAGGGUGGAGGAAAAGAAAAAGAAAGAAAAACAUGUGACUGAAAAUGAGAAGAAACAAGAGCAGACCACAUUUCAAGAACCAGCUUCUUCUGUUUCACCAUCAAGAAAGAGCGGGCAAGCAAGUGGGCUUGUCGAUACAGAGGUCUCCACAGUACCACCUAUAGAGGAGAAAAUCUAUACUGUUACUCUAAGACCUUCAGGAGCAGACUUGAGCCAAACAACUUGGCUGCAAGAAAAUUACACAACAGAUAUGCAGCUUUCCAGCAGCUCUACUCAGGCCACGAAACUUACCAAUAAAGAGAAAAGUGGACAAUCUGUCUACAUCCACACUGAUCGGUACGGCAUAAGCACAGUGUCCAGUGAUCGUGAAUCCUCAGCAAACAGGAUGGAAUGGAUUAUCCCUUUAAUGGUGGUAUCGGCUCUUACGUUCCUCUGCCUAAUCAUGCUGCUGGUUGUCCUGGUCUACUGGAGGAAGUUUUUCCAGACUACUCAUAUGUACAUAGAGGACAGGAACUCCCUGCAAGUAAUUCACAAUGAGAGCUUAACUGGAUUCUUAAUACCUGAUGACCUGGAAGCACUCUCAGUCAGACAGUUCAUCAAACAUGUAAUGGAGUUCUACUCUAAUAACCAACAGGGCUUCUCUCAAGAAUUCAAUGAUGUUCAGCACUGUGUGGGUGAUAUAGCGAUUACAGCGGAGCACUCGAACCACCCAGACAACAAGCAUAAAAACAGAUACAUCAACAUAGUGGCCUAUGAUCAUAGCAGAGUGAAGUUGCAACCGUUGGCAGGAAAAGAUUCCAAACACACUGACUACAUCAACGCAAACUAUGUUGAUGGGUAUAACAGAUCAAGGGCAUAUAUUGCUACUCAGGGGCCACUGAAGUCCACCUUUGAAGACUUCUGGAGAAUGAUCUGGGAACAAAGCAUCAGUGUCAUUGUCAUGAUCACCAAUCUGGUGGAGCAAGGCAGAAGGAAAUGUGAUCAGUACUGGCCCUCAGAGAACACUGAAGAAUAUGGAAGUAUAGUAGUGACACUGAAGAGCACUAAGAUACACGCUUGGUACACACUACGCCACUUUCUCAUACGCAACACCAGAGUCACAAAGAGUCAAAAGGGAAGACAGAACGAGAGAUUAAUGGUUCAGUAUCACUACACUCAGUGGCCAGAUAUGGGUGUGCCUGAGUACACACUACCAGUUCUCACAUUCAUCUCCAGAUCUUCUGCAGCUCGUGCUCCAAAAUCUGGUCCUGUCCUAGUGCACUGCAGUGCUGGAGUGGGGAGGACAGGCACAUAUAUUGUGAUCGACAGCAUGCUCCAGCAGAUAAAGGAUAAAGGAACAGUGAAUGUCUUGGGCUUUCUCAAACACAUUCGCACCCAGCGCAAUUACCUCGUCCAGACAGAGGAGCAGUAUGUGUUCAUCCAUGACGCUCUGAUGGAGGCGGUGCUUUGUAAAAAUAGUGAAGUUCCUGCCUGGAAGCUCCACAGCUACGUGAAUAGCAUCCUCACCCCGAGUUCUUCUGGCACUACUGUCAUGGAGAAACAGUUUAAGCUGGUGAUGCAGUGCAACAUCCAGAAGUGCUUCAGUGCCCAGAAAGACUGCAACAAAGAGAAGAACCGAAACUCUUCAGUGGUGCCGUCGGAGCAAGCUCGGGUCCCACUUUCUCCUCUCCGUGGAAUGAAGGGCAUGGACUACAUCAAUGCCUCUUACAUUACGGGUUACUACAGAAGCAAUGAGUUCAUUAUUACCCAGCAUCCUUUGCCUCACACAACCAUGGACUUCUGGAGGAUGAUCUGGGAUCACAACGUUCAAGUCAUCAUCAUGCUGCCAGAUAAUCUGAGUCUAACGGAGGACGAGUUUGUGUACUGGCCCAGCAGAGAAGAGCCCAUGAACUGUGCAGCAUUUACCGUAACUCUCAUCAACACUGACAAACUGUGUCUGCGUAAUGAAGAGCAGAUCAUCAUCCAUGACUUUAUCCUCGAGGCCACACAAGAUGACUAUGUGCUUGAAGUUCGCCAUUUUCAGUGUCCAAACUGGCCUGUACUCACUGGUCCUAUUAGCAACACAUUUGAGCUGAUCAACAUCAUCAAAGAGGAGGCCAGGACCAGAGAUGGUCCCACUAUUGUACAUGAUGAGUUUGGAGGUGUUUCUGCAGGGAUGCUGUGUGCUCUCACCACCCUGUGUCAACAGCUGGAGAGUGAGAGUGUUGUGGACGUUUACCAGGUGGCCAAGAUGAUCAAUCUCAUGCGUCCAGGGGUCUUCACAGACAUCGAGCAUUAUCAGUAUCUGUACAAAGCAAUGCUCAGUCUGGUUGGUAGUACAGACAAUGGAAUGUUCUGUUCCUAUAUGGACAGACAUGGGAGGAUUCUGAAAACAGAUAAAGGCAAUCCAGUGGAGAGCAUGGAGUCUCUGGUGUGACGGCUCCAGAAAACAAAAAGGGACGAGUUUGUUUGGCAGACUUUCCUUGAGGCCUUUAUUUUUGCCAGACUCGUUGAUAACGUUAAAGAAAAAAAAAGUCUAAAGACUUUUUGUACACUGAUGAAAAAUUCUUUUGAUAUUUAUUUUUGCUGCUUUUUGUUAUCCUGCUGAGUGUCACAACUUAUUCUUCAGUACACCUACACACAAAAAAAUGCAGCUGUCUACUUUGCACUAUAUUGUCAGUGUUACUGUCUGAUGCCUAGAUGAUUUCCAUCCACUCUGGCCAUUGAGCUCGUUGUUUUAUUGGGAGGACAAUAAGCAGUGAACUGUACUGAAAACAACCACAAAUCAGCAUCACACUAGCACAGAGAUAGCUGCCUAAAACACACAAACUCUUCACAAUAAAGUUCCUCAUGCUCACCUUAUUACCUUCAUGAUGCAACCGUUAUGACAGGAAAUGUUGGAUUAAUAGUUUUUUUUUUUCUUUAUAAUAUGUUGUUAAGCUAUACCAUGUUCAGUUUAACUCAGGGGUGCACAGAAGCAGCCUGGAAAGCAGGACUCCAGCCCAGUUUAUAUUAUUUCCCAACUCUCACACAUCUCACUCAACUUGUCAGUUAAUGACCAGGGUUAGUAGGUGUGUUUGAAGAGAGAAUCAUCAAACUGUGCUCGAUGGACUGUCACCGUGUGCCCUUGGUUUAUCUUAUAUAGACAUUAUUUCAUUGUGGUAUCAUAACACCAACUGUGAACAUAUAUUGUUAUCGGUAGAAUUUCUAUUGUUUUGUAAAAUAUAUAAAUAUAUUGAUAUAAAAA